CAGAGUUAAGAUGCCUAGAGAAUGCAAGAAUUCGCCAGACAAGUUUUGUUAUAUAUGUGGAUCAGUUACAUUAAGGCAAUACAAGAGACAGUUGACUCAACGUGUAAAGAAACUUUAUGAGCUGUACUUUGGAUGUAAAGUGGGUGACCAGGACAAAAGCUGGGCACCUCACAUAUGUUGUGUCAGGUGUACAAGUUCCCUUUCUGCCUGGGUGAAAGGCAAAGGGACUGGCCUCAUGUUUGGCGUACCAAUGGUCUGGAGGGAGCCAAAGGACCACUCAACAGAUUGCUACUUCUGCUUAACGGAUAUUAAAGGUCGCAACAGAAAAGGCAAGAAAUCUAUCGUGUAUCCAGAUUUUCAGUCUGCUAUUCGCCCAGUUCUACAUUCAAGUGAUAUUCCUGUGCCACAGCCGCCCUCUGAACUACCAAGCGAUGACACGAGCAACUCAGACGAUUCGGAAUCUCAAGAUGCAACGUAUACGACACAACUUGAAUCUGAUAAGAAACCACACCUCAUCACCCAACCAGAACUCAAUGAUCUAGUUCGUCAUCUAACACUUACUAAGCAACAGAGUGAACUCCUGGGCUCACGUUUGCAACAAUGGCACCUGUUGGAUGUUAGGAAGCGUUCUGCAAAUCUACAGGAUUUCUUCACUUUGGAAAACAACUUGACUUAUUGUAAUGAUAUCAGAGGCCUAUUCAGUGACCUUGAGCUGUCCUAUGAACCCAAUGAGUGGAGGCUAUUCAUAGAUGGAUCCCUUUACAGCAUAAAAGCAGUUCUGUUGCACAUUGGGAACACCAUGCCUUCAGUUCCAGUUGCUUACUCAGUCAUUUUUAGAGAGACAUAUGAGAACCUUGCUUUUAUUCUAGACCGCAUAAGUUACAAAGAGCAUGAGUGGUUAAUUUGUACAGACUUGAAAGUAGUAGCCAUACUUAAUGGGCUACAAACUGGAUACACCAAAUUUAUGUGCUUUCUUUGCAAGUGGGACAGUAGGGCCAGAUCAGAACAUUAUAUACGCUCAGAAUGGCCAUCUCGGGAAUCUAUGACGCUUGGAUGCCAUAAUGUAAUUCAUGAGCCACUAGUUAAGAAGGAGAAAAUCAUUUUGCCACCACUGCAUAUAAAACUAGGCCUAAUGAAGCAAUUUACCAAAGCACUGCAACAUAACAAGCCAUGUUUCCAGUAUCUCAAAGGGAUCUUCCCUAAAAUUAGUGAUGCCAAGAUUAAAGAGGGUAUAUUUGUAGGCCCUCAGAUUCGCAAGCUUAUAAAUGAUGAGGACUUUGAGGCGACAAUGGAUGAACCUGAGCUAGCGGCCUGGCAUGCAUUCAAAGAUGUAUGCAAAGGGCUUCUGGGAAAGCACCAAGAGUCCCAGCGAGAGCGUAAAGUGGAGAGGCUAAUCAAAUGCUACCAAGAUUUCGGAUGCAAUAUGUCACUGAAGAUACACUUUCUUCAUUCUCAUCUGUCCUUCUUCCCAGAGAACGCAGCAGAUGUGAGUGAUGAACAUGGAGAGAGGUUCCAUCAAGAUAUAGCGUCAAUGGAAAACAGGUACAAGGGAAAAUGGAGCCCUGCUAUGCUGGCUGACUUCUGUUGGAACCUGAAGCGUGACACGCCUGAGACGUCUUAUAAAAGAAGAAGUAAAUACUAGAUUGUAGGUUAAUACAUUAUAUAAAGCUAACAAACAUUAUAUAUUAAUUAAAUAAAUACAAUGAAGACAUUUAAUCUGAC